ACUCAGAGAUAUCACAUCAUUUCAACUCAGCUUAAUCAGUUUACAUCUCUGGAGAAGAUUUCACUUUUUAAUGAGUAAUAUUAUAAAGAAAACGUGAACACUUGUGGGCAAUGUUUUGGCUUACCAACAAAGGUCAGACUUACCUUUUCAGCAGCAUCCAGGUCAUUGUUAAGAAGAUGGAGACAGCCAAUGUCAAAACUAAUUUUGGAGUUUGGUUCUUGGAUUGACAGGAAAAUCUUGAGUGCCUCUGACAAAUCCUGUCUGUCAACACAAGUUACAGCCAUGUCCCACUGGCGCAAAGUGUCAACAAAAGACAUAGUUGCUGUGAUGGAGUACACUUCACAGAAGACCAACAAUAGGGAAGUUUUUCUGAUUUGUACCAGCUGCACCAGGAAAUGGAAUGAUGGUGUCAUUGGUGGUGUAAAUAUAUAUGCAAUACCAGGUUUGAAGGCCAAAUUGUUUUUGUCCUUCCUCCCAUGUGAUAUAUGGUAAUUUUAUUGUCUGAUAUGUGUGAUGGUAGGUCCUUAUACAUUCCCAUACUACUUUUACUAUUUGAAGGUAAUGGUUUUGCAUACGGGUAUGUAUGUGAGGGAUGAUAAAUUGCUGACAUAUUUAAGAAGUGGCAUUUAAAGUACAGAGACAAACUGAAAAUGCCCCCUUGUCAUGAAGUUACCAGCACGAGUAACACAGAGGUACACAAUUACAACUUCCGGUGAAUUCUUUAAAAAAUAAAUUGCUCUCAGACAGCCAUUUUCAAUACAUUUCCCUCUAGCAAACCAUGUUUUAUAUUCUAGAGAAUUAUAACAACUUCACCGAGAAGGUUUGACAUGUGUUUUGAGUUUUUCUCCCUCAUGUGUACCCCAAUGUAAAUAAAGCUUUUAUUUUAAAAACCUAAAACGUAUUUCCGUUAUUCACUUAACUUCAGACUAGUUGCCCUGAUGCAGGCGUCGCGAGCUAAACAAACAUGUCUUUGCUACACUAUAAAACUACGGACCUUAAUGAUACGUAGGCAAAUGAAAAGAGAAAUAUGCGACGAUUGAUAAGAAACGUGACAAACAUAAAACUGUCGAUGGAGAGUUGGUAUAUUAUUCAGUUGGUUAGCUUAGUGUAGCCUUUUGUGACCGUGUUUACACAUCGCUAGCUAGCUCUCCAGCUGGCUAAUAUAAGCUAGCAAAAUGGACCUUGGAACAAUGUUAUACAACAAUUUAAAAGAUGUUACAUGGAGCACGACUUCCUUACCAUUAGAUCAACUUGUGAGUGCUUAUAGGUUGCCUCAAAUUGCCAAGCUGGAUAACGGUCAGGUGGUUGAAGGGCUCAGAGACAAUGACUACCUCUUGAUUCAUUCCUGUCGCCAGUGGACGACUAUUACUGCUCACAGUCUGGAGGAGGGACACUAUGUCAUUGGGCCCAAAAUAGAGAUCCCAGUGCACUAUGAAGGUCAGUUUAAGCUACUGGAGCAGGACAGAGAUGUCAAGGAGCCUGUGCAGUACUUCAACAGUGUGGAGGAGGUGGCCAAAGCAUUCCCUGAAAGGGUAUAUGUCAUGGAGGAAAUCACGUUCAAUGUUAAGAUGGCUUCAGGCGAAUGCAAUGAAGAUACCGAAGUUUACAACAUAACACUUUGCACCGGUGAUGAACUGACACUAAUGGGCCAGGCUGAGAUCCUAUAUGCCAAGACCUCCAAAGAAAAAUCAAGAUUCAACACUAUUUUUAAGAAGAUUGGGAAGCUAAACUCCAUCAGUAAGAUCGGUCGAGGCAAGAUGCCCUGCUUGAUCUGCAUGAACCAUCGCACCAACGAGAGCAUCAGCCUGCCUUUCCAGUGCAAAGGCAGGUUCAGCACCUGUAGCCCACUGGAGCUUCAGAUGCAGGACGGCGAGCACAUCAUCAGGAACAUUGUCGAAAAAACCCGUCUCCCUGUCAAUGUCACAGUCCCCAACAGUCCACCCCGCAACCAUUAUGACCUCCACCUCAUUCGUGAGGGUCAUCGCUACAAAUUAGUCAACAUUCAGACAAAGACGGUGGUUGUGUGCUGCAUCCUGCGAAGCAACAAGAUUAUCCCCAUCCACUUUUCCUUUCAUAUGGCCAUGCCUAGAUUUAUUAUUCCAGAAGAGCUCUUGCAAGGAGAGCUGUGGCUAGAAACUAUGGUACAUCGCUGGUUCUCGUUCUGCCAAGAUCAGUUUGACAUAGAUGACUAUUCUCGUGCCGUCCGUGAUGUGCGGACAGACUGGAACGACGACGGUAAGAGCCCCAAGAAAACCAGCGGGAAUGGCAGUUGCAGUGGAAGCAGCGGAUGCAGCAGCAGCUCCAAUGGUUGUCCCAACCAAAUGCAGAUUCCCAGUUCUUUAACCUACGCCAGGGAGGAACUCACCCAGUCCUUCCACCGACUAUCUGUGUGCGUGUAUGGCAGCAACCUGCAUGGUAACAGUGAGGUCAAUUUGCAGGGCUGUAUGACACUGUGUGGAGAUUGGGCCCUACUGCCCUCGGAUAGCAUCCCUUCAGAAUCGGGAGAUGAACACUUCUACCCUGAACUGAUGGAUAGCACAAACCAACAACCAUCCCUCAACAAGUCGGACGUUCCCUAUGAGGAGCUGUGGUUGGAUCACUUGAGAGGUCAGAAUCCAAAACCUUCUGUGAGUGAGGGACUUCGAGGCAUCAACAAUAGCUGCAGUACAACAACAGCCCUGUCAUACCCUGUCACUACAGACUCCUCUCUUACUCCACCACCAGUUCCGCCCAAGUCUGAAGCUGUGAAGGAAGAAUGUCGUCUUUUGAAUGCCCCACCAAUUCCUCCAAGAAGCUUGAAACAGAUGCCAUCAGUGCCCAUCCUGACUAAGCCACGGCAGCAUGACACUCGGUCUCCAAGUCCCACCCUCUCCUACUAUUCUUCUGGACUUCACAACAUUAGUGGAGCUUCUGAGCAGGAGGCCGCUGAUCCACAAGAACCAAGCCAUGUGUGCAACCCCUGCAACUGGGUUAGAUCCCACAGCAUUGAGCCGAAUGUGACGUGGCCAAGUAGUAGCCUUCCAUCAGAUGGGAUGUCCUCCAGGUUGUCCUGGCCGAAUAACUUCAGUGGAGGAGAAUCGCACAGCAUGGACGAGUUUCUACCAUCGAGCUGUCGAAGUUACUACAGCUUCCCCAGAAAAAGAUCCCAGAGCAGCCAGAAAACCUGCACAACCAGCUUUGUUGACUUUGAUGGAGAGCGUGCAAACAGCAGUAAGGACUUCAGGUUGCAGAAAGCUUCCGUGAGUCACUUCUGCACCAAAUCUUCAAGUUACAAUUCAGAAAUGUACAGAAACAAGCCAAUAGAAGAAUCUGACUCAAAGCAGAGCCUCUCUUGCCCCAUCCUGCCGCCGAGAACACCAAAAUCAAAUGCCAUAAAGAAGGGCACAGAUUUACUGUCAGGAUCCGUUGGUGACGGUGAGCAGGAAACGUCACAUUGCUCACUACCUAAACUUGAGAAGGGCACAAUAGAGAUACCUUUCAUCUCUACUUCAUUAACUCCUAACUCUCCAUCAAUAUCUCCCGAGGCACAGUGGCAGCCACCCUCCAGUCUGGCUAAUCUAACUAUUGAAGAGGUGUCCAGAUCUCUGAGGUUUAUUGGCCUGCCAGAUGAUAUUGUUUCUUUUUUUGUGUCUGAGAAGAUCGAUGGGAGUUUACUCCUGCAGCUCACUGAGGAGAUUUUGUCAGAGGAUUUCAAGCUAAGCAAACUGCAGGUAAAGAAACUCAUGCAGUUCAUAAACGGGUGGAGGCCCAAGAUAUAAGUAACACUAGUUGUGGUCGUAAAGCAGGAAAUGUCAAGCCUUCAGUAUAUAUGCUAUGCACACCAGGCCACAAAGAGUUUCUGUUCGUAUUCAUGAAUUCUAUGUCCUUGUUACUAUACUGUGGGGAAGUUGGGUAAUAUUUCCCAGCCCGUGUAAAGUCUGUGACAGCUAUCUACUAACUGAAUAGAAUCGUUUGGCACUUUCAUGAAGAUAUUUUCAUGUCAACUACUUAGUGCUUUUCCACCACAGCCUGUAAGUGUUAUCACGCUAAUUCUUUAUUAGGCCAAGACUUGUAAAGCACUGAUGUGGCACUAUUAUCUUAGUGAGGAUAUUGUUAAAUAUAUAUCCCUCUGUCCUUAAAGGGGACUGUCACAACGUUGCUAUUUCCAGGAUUUAAAAAAAAGCACGAAAGACAUAAAAAAUAAUACAAAUAUUUUGGCCAGUGCACAGAAACAGUUUGACAUUUGGUAACCAAAAGACAAGGCUUGCAUGAUCCCAAACUUGCAAAUAUAUAGUUAUGCACGAGUUCAGGGAUACGUUAGAGAAUUCUGCUGCUCAAACACUAAUCAAAACAUUUGAUUUAAUUCACUUCUGCUGAAUGAAUUCAAAACCUAAGGUCUUUAAGUAAAGAUACUUGAAUUUAACUUUUUCUUCUUUUUCAAAUAAAUAUUGUCCUUUCCUUGACCCUGUAGUAUCAUACUAAUGCACAGUUUUUAUAACAUUAGAGGGAAAGGAUUUGAUGUUGCAGCUUCAAAUAGGUUAUCAUGUAAGUCCCUUUUUAAGUUUUUAAAUACCUUUAUGUUUGAUGAAACCAAAUACAUCAGGUUUUAAUGUUAAUCGAGUAAGAGUCUUCGUUUACUGACUAUUUUUAGGAGAUAAAGUGUGAAUUAAAAACCAACGCGCUUUGUUGACCAUCACAAAUGGCAUCUGCAUUCUUGUUGUGAUAUUCUUCUUUGUGAAGUUAGCCAAAUGAAAGGUGUUUCAUUUCUCCUUAUGCAAGGUAUUGUUUCUAUUUGAUGCUUUUCUAAUCCAAAUGUACCUAUAUGGCUCUUUCCUUUAACCUUAAACCUCUCUACUAAAAAUGGCAGAGAGCUUAACAAUAUGAUGUCCUUACCCUAAAUCUAAAAUGGAAAUAACUGAAAUUGGUACUAGGCCAUGACGUUCUACACUAAAAUACAAAAUAUGCAUCAUGCACUUUGGAAGCUUUCAGCCUAAUUAAUUGCAGUUUAGAAAAUGAAACAUGGGACCUAUCAAAGAGUGUCUUGGUAGAAAGUGAAUGCACUACACGCCUUUUCAAAACUAAAAUGGUACGUCUCAUUUAUUCUCAUUGUUUGUAUUAUACGUGUCCUCUAAUGCUAAAAGAAGUCAAAACUGCGCCUUAACCCAGAGACCUUAAAAUAUAUUGUAUUUACCCGUGGCUCAACAUUUUUAUUAUAACAAAUUGAUCUGAUCAAAUUCAAUAUUGGUUUCUAUUGGUACCAAUCUUUGUUUUAUUUAGCCUUGAUUCAGAGUUGUGUUGUAUUUAUGCAGUAUUUAACUAAAUAUGCAGAAGCGUUAUUGUUGUCAGACUGUUGGUAUGGCUGAUAUAUGAAGGUGCCUCAGCAAAAACAGCCUUUCUGCAACCCAGGUCCGACCUGUUGGCCAACAGCUGUUGUUUUUUACCCCGCUGACAUUUUUUGCAAUGGGUUGUUACAUAUUUUACUUGAUAUUUUUAUUUUUAUGUUAGUACAAAUGUGAAUUUUAUAUAUAUAUAUAUAAAAAUAAUUACUAAUGGUGAAAUUAUUUUUAUUGAGAAAAAAGCUUUUGUUCAAACUUCAUUUUUUUAUUCUGUACAAUUUAAGUUCUGCUUUGGUUUGUAAAUCCUUGAAUAAAAAUAACACAUGGUAACGUAGGGGGGAAAAACCCUGCAAGCCUUGUCACUGGCAUGUGUCCCGUGACAUAAAGUAUUCUAUGGUGAUUGAUGUCGUAUACAAUAGCCAUGUCCAUCCAAAGACCAUCGUAGGUUAUGCACAUUUGAAAUGACCACAGUGGUAAUUCCAGAGAAAGUCCAUUAUUGUACUUGAAUAGUUCUGUGUAAACUGUGAACACACCAUAACAAAUAACAGCCCCGUAAAUACACCAUCAUCAAGCUUUUAACACUAAUAGAUGUCUGAUAAUAUCUGUCCCCUCUCGAUCGGGUACGUAUGAAUGAUUACCAUCUCUGUGCACAAACAAAAUAAAUAACUAACACUUGUUUGGAUCAAAUUUGGAAUAGUAUAGGUCAACAUUACUGAAACAAUGAGUUAUGGACAGUUAUAUUUCAAUGAUACUGUUGUUUCCCUAUUUUAAAUUGUAUUAUCUAUUAAAAGAAAAUGAUUAACUGA